UGAUCACAGUGUUCACAGCUUGGUGGCGUUUCUGAAAAGAUCUGAUGUGAUUCGAACGGAUUCGUGCUGUUUUGAUCAUCAAAGGCUGUAACUCUCGGAGCUUGAAGCUGAUGUUCAAGAUCAUUACGUAAAUGAUGGCUUUUCUCUCCGCUCUGCUAAACCCGAAGUAGCCUUUGCUCGUUAUGCAACGGAAUCAUGGCGCAACGCUAUUGAGCGCAGAUCAAGCGAAUGGCAGCCCGGACCGUGAUCCUUCUUGCCGCCAGCUCCAAAUGCUUUGAUGGUCCGACUCACGCCAUCAUAUUUGGAGGUCCAACGAAACACAUGGUUACCUUUGGUUCAGGCGCUAACGUGAAUAAAUAGUCAACGGUAAAAGAAUACUUCGUUCACUGCACGACACUACAUCAUGCGUCCGUCCAGCCCAUGCGAACAUAUCUGCAGCCGAAGAGAGCAGUUUGCAUCACGCCUUGCAGCAGUAUCAGCAUUCUCCGGACUUUUCCUGCGUGGCUCCAACCGAGCUAGAAAAGAGCAUUGUUCGUACGACGCCUUUCACUUCUCGAGGAUCGAGCAAGGCGAUAGCCUACCCAACGCAAUGGCUCGCCAUCAGCACAUCCUCUUCGGUCAGCUUUGCCUGAGACCUAAGAAAAGAGUUCUCGCUGUGGCAUGUGGCAACGGCACCGUAUCUCGACAACUCGUGCAUUUCUCUGACGUCGAUGUCAUCGGGAUCGAUACAGACAGUCGCCUUAUUUCAAGGGCAAGGACCGCUGCAGAAGAGGCAGGUCUUACAGAUCGACUCACCUACCAUCACGUCGGAGACCUUUGUGAAGCCCUUACUAACUUCCCGGACUGCUCUUUCGAUGCUGUAUUUGCCAUUGAACUUGGAUAUCGAAUCACUUCGCCAAAAAUGUUUUAUAAACAUGUUAAGAGGAUACUUAAGCCCUCCGGCAGACUUGCGAUCUACGAAUGGUGUUUCACCGACGCAAUGACUCCGACUAAUCCAGAGCACGUAGUGGUGGCCCAGAACCUCCUGCAGAGCUUCCCGAAGACUGUACAGGAGAAUCCCCUCAGUACCAUUGCAGAUCUUAUAGCCAACCUGAGGGCAGGGGGGCUCGUGAAUGUUACCGCCAGAGACCUCUCUCUUUGUCACACUGACAUUCCGUGGUACCGUCCCCUCGAAAGUCAGCAGAGCACUCGAUCCAGCCCAUCUGUGUCUCUCAGCUGGUGGCACGGGCAACUGUCCAGCAGGGCGUUGUUGACAGCAGGGCGUCUACAAAUAUUUAGUCCAAUGGUGCUCGUAACGGGCGAGAAAGGACCAUCAUUUUAGCGCACUCACGAGUCUCGCGAUAGUUUCACAUUCACGACAGUCCCCGAGUGCUCACUGCAGAAGUGAUUCAUACACCGUUUAGGUGAUGCGGCCAUGCCUUCUCGACAUGGCCAGGGGUAGUGUGUACACAUCCUAUUUACCCAGACUGGACUGUGACUGCGGUGUGACGCCACAGAACCCAUAAACAAGCAGAAAUAUCGAGACACGAUGUCCAGAAGUAUAACAUGGUUCAAGAGGGACAAAGAAAGCUCGAAUAAAAAUCCUCUACUCUCUAGCAGCAAGAGAGCCGUUGGUUGUGGACGUCGCAGUCACUGAAUUUGCUGAAGUCG